AAUCACACAAAUUAAACAAUAAAAUCACAUGGUUAAAUUUACUUCAGCUUUUAGUGUUUGUAUUCAGACGUAAUUGCUUUUCUGAAAAGUAUAUUUCCUGGGCCGUUUGAAAAAUGCCUGCUACUGGAUGUAAUAAAAACAGACUACGCCGUUGACCGUCGAUAUCCACCAAUGCGAACACUUAUCAAUUCAAUAACUUAUCAUUCAGUCGCUUUGGAUCCAUGAAAAAAAUAUGCCCACGUUGACUUGUGUUUUAUUGGCGUUGGCAGCUAUCUGUCUGGAGGUGGUCGCCGUCAGCGGAAAAUCCGACCCCGGUCUUAUAGAUAUAGCUGUAGACGCGGAACUCUCAAAAGUUAGGGAGCAGCGUCCGCUGCUGGCCGACACAGAAAUUUAUGUGAAAAUACAAUGUGCAAGCGAUGCAGAGCCAGAAUUGUCAAUACAAUUUACGCUGACGGAGCACCCAUGUUUGUAUGACGACAACAUGCUGCGUCUAAUGAGCGAAACUCCAAGUGCAAACGCUAGUAAAGUGAUCUCCACAGUAACCACAACAGCAAAAUGUGUCAGUCUGAUUCCACUGCGUCAGAAAAUGGAGGACACAAUCAAACCGCCCCCAGGCGAUCUACACCCCAUUAAGCAGAACAAACAUCCAUAUUCGGCCACAACAAAGCCGUUCAUUAAAAUAACGGAGGAUGGCAUAUACGAAUUGGAACUGAUUAUACAGACUAUUCCAGCAGGCCAGUCAUUCAAAGCUACUGUGGGAAUCGAGUUCUUGGGACCACAUGGCUAUAUAUCGGCGAUUGAUUGGCCGUUUCUGCCUUUCUACUUGAUAAUGUGCAUUGUGUAUGUUAUUUUUGGCAUAAUCUGGCUGUUGGUCUCUUUUGCGCAGUGGCGGGACCUGCUACGCAUACAAUUCUGGAUAGGUGGCGUCAUCUUGUUGGGUAUGCUGGAGAAAGCCUUUUUCUACGCCGAAUAUCAAACCCUGAGCAGCACGGGCGUGACGGUACAGCAUGCUGAGCUGGUAGCGGAGUUUGUCUCGUGCGCUAAGCGCACGCUGGCCCGCAUGCUUGUUAUUAUCAUGAGCCUGGGCUUUGGUAUUGUGAAACCGCGUCUUGGGCCCAUGCUGCAUCGAGUAGUGGGUGUAGGUCUGCUUUAUUUUAUACUCGCCUGUAUCGAGAGCUAUUUGCGCAUUACUAAUGUGAAGAGUGAACGCAGCGAGCUGCUUGUAGCCAGUAUACCACUUGCCGUGCUCGACACUGGCAUUUGCUGGUGGAUAUUCACCUCCUUGGUGCAAACGACCAGGACACUGCGGCUCAGAAGAAACAUGGUCAAGCUAGCACUAUAUCGACAUUUCACAAACACACUGAUAUUCGCUGUCAUUGCUUCUGUCAUCUUCAUGCUGUUUGCGUUGCGUUUGCGUAGAACUGAGAACUGUACACCAGGCUGGCGUGAUAUCUGGGUGGACACUGGGUUCUGGCACAUACUCUUCUCGGUGCUACUGCUUGUCAUUAUGAUAUUGUGGCGACCUACGAACAACAAUCAGCGAUACGCGUUUACACCGCUUCUAGACAAUCCUGAGGAUGAGGACGAAGAAGAAGAAGAAGAUCAGUUUGUGGCUGAUACUUACGGUGUUAAGAUGCGCAGUUCACAUCAGAAUGGAACCAGCAAACCGCCGGCGAAUGCACGUGCCACCACCACUGAGGAGGACGAUCUGCGCUGGGUCGAGGAAAACAUUCCUUCAUCAAUGGCUGAUCCUGCGUUGCCGGUGUUAGACUCUGAUGAGGAGAUCAUAAACACCAAAUUUGAAGUCUCCAAAAUGCAAUAGACCGCUGCUCUUGCACAAGGACUAGGUCUAGACUAAAGACUUUCAUAUCUGUUGUUAAGCGAGCAAGCGGAGAAGUUCAAAACUUGCAUUGGCACGGAUAUGAGUUUUAUUUAUUUGCGUUCUCUCACAUCCUUCAUCGAAACGACCACAAUACGCACCAAUUGCUGGACGACGCUUGAUUAAUUUCUUUCAGGACUUACAACAACCUGCGACGCCUGCUUGCUUGUCUAUUUGCGCUAUUAAGCCAUGUAAUAUAUUGUAUGUAAUCGUACUUUCGUUUAAAUAAAUUUAAUUUAUUGGUAAUCACUAA